AUGCUAAAGUACCUCCAUGCAUGUGAUGCUGAGAAAAGUACUGAAGAUCAUGACUCGUGCUUACCUAGUCAUGUGAUAAGCCACACACCGGGCGCGGGGAAGAUCCCUCAGAAGUUGCCAGCGCUGACCCUCCACUAUGGCACGCCGGAAGGGAGAGAAAAAGAGAGGAAGACCAACAUUACCCGUAGCAGAACGGGAUGCCAUACCUGUCGGCGCCGGCGCGUCAAGUGCGAUGAGGACAAGCCGUCAUGCAAGACAUGUGUCCGGCUUGGCCUAGAGUGCGACGGCUAUGGGUAUAUCGUGAGGUACCGAUUUACUAGGCCGACCGUGCUGGAGCAGGGUCCAGCUAGCUCUUUCGACAAUAUCGAAUGGGCACCAGUCGCCAUUUCUUGUAUCAACAUAGAUGACAUGGAACUCUCCGACGGCGGGUCCGUGCAUGAAGAAGAGAGCACAUCUUACACGCAAACCCCCGAGUCAUCGAUAAAAGACACAGCAAAUUAUCACGUGGACUCAUCCAGUCAAGAAGUAUCGCCAAGAGAUUUACCGAAUAAUGAUAUGAAAAAUAGUGAUGAGAAUCUCAGUUUCGAUACUUCCGAUGCUCGCACAUUGGAAGAAUACUAUUUUACGCAGUGGAGGACUUGCGUCACUCCUAUUCUACCCCCAGUCUUCGCUGACCUCACCCUGUCAAUCCCUACAUUCCUGCCGUUCAAAUAUGCCGUUCUUGCCGUAUCGGCAGCUCAUCUCGCCCAUACUGGAUCUUCAAUCAGCUCCGGCGAUAAUGAAUUGUACAUCCCAGAGCGAACACACCGAUAUCGAAGCCUCCAGUACUACGGGAAAGGAAUCCGGGAGCUGGCUGAAUAUGUGAACGGUUUCCCAGACGACAACCUCGACCACCUUGUCGCCACUUCACUUCUUUUUUAUUAUAUUGAGAUCGAUGUAGGGUCGAUUAAUAGUGCUGUUGAGCAGAUGGAAUUGAUCAACAAAUUACAUUGCUCUGCACAAUCCCACGUUAAGGAAGGGUCGAUUAAACUCAACCCCAAACUGCUCAGUACUUGGAAAAGUUCACGAUCCUUGGCAAUCAACAAAAGACUCACCAUUGGGUCCAACCGAUCGCGACCUCUUGCCUCAAUCCAACCUCGGGAUCCGACAGAUACAUUAGAACAAGGCGGUUCAUCAUCCGACACUAUUGCACAGUUGCUUUGUGAAACAUUUUCCAGCGCUAGAAACAUAAUUGUGGAGUUUUUCGUACGUCGCGGAACCAAGCUAGCUUCGGAGGAACAAUCUCACAUUGCCUUUGGGGCCCUGGUCGAGCACAUUGACUCUGUCAGUGGACAAAAUGACUCACCGGGUCAGUCCACCACCGCUGAAGAGAGAUAUUUGAAGGAAUUUGAGCAAAACCGGAGAAACCUGGAUGACUGGCACGCGCAUCUCGAUUUCUCAGAGCUUCCAGUCGAGUCCUUCACUUCUGCAUCCACUGAGCCGGUCGGGGAGAGAGACGGGGAGUUGCACGUCCAGCCUUUAAGGUUUCGAUCGUAUGAGGCAGCUAUGAACUACGCGUACUAUGCCACAGCACAGCAUGCCAGCUCCCAGCAAAUGGUCGAUCGAUUGACGACGUUCGCCCAACCUCAUAUCGACUCCAGCUUCACCCGAGAGAAUUAUCCUUGGGAAAGCCUGCUGCUUCGCAUUGCUUGUGGUCUUGAUUUGGAAGACUGCCUAUACAAACAUACCUUCAAGAUUGGCAUUCUCUCCUUGUUGAUCUGUUGUGCAUCUUCCUGCCCCCAUAUUGGAGUGUCAAAUUGGAUAUACGACUGGAUUGGAAAGCUUGGAAAGUAUGGUGGGGCCGUUGAAGAUGGAAUGCCUGUGGCAAUGGUCAUACGCGUUAUGCGUCUAAUCAUAGCGAUGAAAAAAGAUGGUCAUGAUGCUUUUCGGAUCUCCGUGCUGGACAGUGAUAUCAAAGAAAAGGAGGAAUUCUAUCGCAGCAAUAUCGAUCUCUUUGUGGCGGUCUGCGGGAAGGAUCGAGUCAAAGGGAUAAUGUAUAAUAAUGUGGUCGCAUUGCCAAAGUAG